AUGGGAAUGUGUUUUGCGCAAUUGUGGGAUUGAAUUGUUCAGGUUUCGUCGUGUUGGUUAAAAGAAGCAAAGCCGCCUUUAUCUUCAGUUUCAGCGACCCGUAACUCAGACUUCAACUCUCUCGUAAGCAGUAGUUUCACAUCACCAUGCCCUCAACAGCACCAGCCACGCCGCCGCCUAUAUCGCCGCCGGCCAUAAAUCUGCCAGAGUCCUCCUCAAUCGACGUCGAGCGCCAAUCCUCCCCAAUCUCCCGAGAAGACACGCCUCUCCUCACCACGCCCGACGACAGCGACGAUGCGUCCCAAGCCUGGUCCCCUCCCCUGGGCUUCAUCCCCAUCCAGCUCGCCAUCAUGACAAACGUCUUCCUCUACGGCUUCGACGGCACAAUCACCGCGGCCACGUACGCCGUCAUCAGCUCCGAGUUCGACGCCGCCAACAGCGCCUCCUGGCUGACCACGUCGUACCUCGUCACCGCCACGGCUUUUCAGCCGCUCUACGGCCGGGUGUCUGACAUCUUUGGCCGGCGGGCGUGCUUCUUCGUGUCGACGGUGGUCUUUGCGCUGGGAUGUCUCGGCUGCGGCGUGGCGAGCACCGUCUUCACGCUGAAUUGCAUGCGGGCCAUUACUGGCGUUGGCGGGGCGGGACUGAUGACGAUGGCCACCAUCAUCAACUCGGACAUGAUUCCCUUUCGCAAGCGCGGCAUGUAUCAAGCCAUGCAAAACGGCGUUGUUGGCUUCGGAGCCAUCUGCGGAGCCUCCUUUGGCGGCACCAUUGCCGACUACAUCGGCUGGCGCUGGUGCUUCCUCUUGCAAGUGCCCUUUUCGGUCUUUGCCUUCAUCGCCGGGUAUUUCGUGCUCAAGAACCAGCACCAGGGGAUCACCGCCGAAGGUGGAUUUGGCGCUCUGUGGAAGAGAGUCGAUUUCUCGGGCGCCCUGCUGCUCGUCACUGCUGUCUCCACGCAGCUGCUUGGGCUGAGCCUCGGCGGGAAUGAACUGCCCUGGAGCAGUCCCUGGGUUAUCGGAGCGCUGGCGAUUAGCGUUGUGCUGUUUGCCGUCUUCGUUCGUGUCGAGGGCAACACGACGGCCAUGCCAAUCAUACCGCUGAGGAUGCUGCAGGGAACAAUGCCGAUUGCCACGCAAGUCGCCAACCUUUGCGCGGGCAUGUCCAUGUAUGGGUAUCUCUUCAUGCUUCCGCUCUUCUUCCAGGCCGUCCUUCAAGAUUCGGCUACCAAAGCGGGCGUUCGUCUGUCUCUGCCUUCGUUGGCCAUGCCCUUGGGAGGCUUGAUCUCAGGCACAGUCAUGUCUCGGUGGGGAAAGCUGAUUCCACUUAUGCGAACGGGACUUGUACUUAUGACGGUUGGCCAAGCUAUGGUCUCGUCGUGGGCCUUUUCAGAUGCGUCAUGGAAGUAUGUCUGGUAUAUAUUUCCUUCUCACUUGGGCACAGGAAUGGUGUAUCCGGCGAUUUUGUUUAUAUCGAUUGCAUCCCACGCUCAUUCAGAUCAUGCCGUAUCCGCUUCGACUACCUAUCUCGUUCGAUCCCUCGGAACCGUCUGGGGAGUGUCCGUCACGUCGGCUAUUGUUCAAAACACGCUCAGUGUACGCUUACCACAGGUCUUGAGCGAGGUACCAGAUAAAUGGAGAGUACGACCCUUUUCUUUAUGUCGAUUUCAAUAUUUUUUUCUAAGUGGUGAGAUUAUUGAUGAGAUUCGACACUCGGUGGAAGCCUUGCGCACGCUUCCGCCUGAUAUCCAGCUAAGCGCUCGAUUAGUAUACUAUGAUGGACUGAGGCUUGCUUUUGUUGCAACCACUCUGGUGGCUGCCAUUGGAGUGGCUGCCGCGUUUAUUGCGAACCCAGCCAACUUGCGAAAGACUCAUGGUUAACCAAGGUCCUGGAAUCGAUGAGAUAAAUCGGCCAUGUGCGACAUUAUGAGGCCCGCUUUGCCAUAGGAUGCCUUGUUAUAUAGAGUGUAGUUGAAGUAAUGUGGCAUCAUGAUAGUUUUAGGUGCUUCAUAUGUCGUCAAUCAUCUUGAAUUUCACUUUUUCCAGAAUACCAAAUAUUUGGCCUG